UUCACUGUCGUACUUUUUACACGUACACCGGCUGUGUCGCGAAAUUAAUAAACAAGUUGAAACUCACUUUUUUUAGACUGAAAAUGGGUGUAUGUCGUUUCUUUUUGAACGGAUAUUGUAAAUUCGGCAGUAAUUGUUUUAAUGAUCACCCUAGUGGUGGAAACCAAGGUUACAGUGUAACAGCCCAGCGGCAACUAUUUGGUGGUGGUGGGGGAGGUAACAGUCGUGGCGGUGGCAGAGGUGGUGGUGGAAGUGGUGGUGGAGGUUACCAGAACCCCCAGGGCAACCCGUACCGCUGGAAUGCCAAAGACGCACAGCCUAGGACCUCUUCUUCAAGUACUCAACAGAUGGCAGCUGGAGACAUAGUGAAAGGUCUUGCUACAGAAGUCACUAGCAUGUGGGACAUCGGAAAGAUGUGGCCAUUCUCUUGUAUGGGCUUCGAAAAAGACAUGCCUUCAUUACCAGGUUUGACCGACAUAUCAAUGGAAGAAUUGAGAUAUGAAGCCUACGAAGCUCUGAAGCAAGGCAAUAUACAGCCAUAUUUACAAAAGCUUGAAAGUUCCUACAAUGAAGUCCUGGCAUUAAGGAAGGAGCUGAAAAGCCCCAAUAUGACAUUGAAGCAAUCUCUGACUUUUUUCAUUGAAGACAGCCGGAAGAAGGCAAUCGGGCAGGGAAACCUGGUAUCCUUGUUCAGUGACUCUGACAAAGGAAGCUUGUUUGGAGGCAGCUCAUCUAGUUCUGGACCAUUUGGGCAAAGCUUAGAAAACAGUCUGUUUGGACAGACUGCAACUGGAAACCAGUCUGGGGGACUUUUUAGUCAGAGUGCAACUGGAAACCAGUCUGGGGGACUUUUUGGUCAGAGUGCAACUGGAAACCUGUCUGGGGGACUUUUUGGUCAGAGUGCAACUGGAAACCAGUCUGGGGGACUUUUUGGCAAGAGUUCAGCCGGGAACCUAUCUGGUGGACUUUUCGGCCAGACUGGUGCAAGUUCAGCAGCUUCAGAAGGAUUGUUUGGCAAGUCAGGGUCAUCAACUGCAUUUGGUCAGACUGGAUCACAGUCAUUAUUUGGUCAGACUGGUUCACAGACUGGUUUUAGUUCACAACCUAUGGUUGGACAAACUGCUGGUGCAUCUUUGUUUGGACAGACUGGUUCAGAUCAAUCGACAGGCUCAUUUGGCCAGACUGGUGUAUCAUCAUUGUUCGGGCAGACUGCACAGGCCAACACUUCUCUUUUUGGACAGACAGCUCAGGCAAACCAGUCUGUGUUUGGGCAGACAGCACAGCCUACAUUUGGACAGAGUACAUCACAGCAAGGAGGCUUGUUUGGUAAUCCAGUCCAGCCCGCCCCUGAAACCUCCCGUAAAUCUCUUUUUGGCUCCGCAGAUCCAAACAUGGACAGCACUAGCAUGGUUGCCACAAAUAAAGCCGCUGGGAAUGAGGCAACAGUUUUACGUUCCAGUAGUAAUGCCCUGCCGACCAUAGGGUCCGGUUCCACUGUGCAGCGUGGUGCCUCACCUCAGUCUGCUGAUAAUACUCUGAAUAGUGUGUACACCUCUAUCGAUCAACUGACGACUGUGGAGAGGGAACAGUUUGAAGCACAAACGUUUACUGUUGGUUUGAUUCCAACAAGACCUCCUCCUAAAGAACUGUGCAUGUAAAUUAAUGUCGUUAAGUACUUUAAAUAUUAAUGUGAUUAGUGAUAUACAAAAAUUGAUGCAUGUACACUUUGUUAUUCUUAUGUAUUAUAAUGAAAACGAUGAGUUA